AUGACGCAGAAGAGUGUGAACAAGGAACGCUUCGCGGAGGCGACCAAGAGCAAUAUAUCAAUCCCAUCUCAAACACGGGCAGCGCAUCGGAAGGCUGGCGACGGUGACAUGACGUCUUCAAGUCUAGAAUCGAUUCAAGGGAAAUUGCGCGAAGUUGCUCGAUCAGCCCUCGCCUUGGAUAACAAGGCAAAGGAAACCACAAAGGACGGAUCCCCCUUGAGACAGUUCGCAAAUGAUGCCUGUCGAUUUGUUUACGCUGUCGUGACAGUAGCAAAAGUCCAUCAAGACGCGAGAUGUACCGUCCCCGGAUACAUCUUCGGCUUUCUUGAAGAGAUAUCAAAGACUAUCAACAUUGCAAAGCUGUUCGCCAGCCGCCAUGUCUUCUCUCGAUGGUUGCUUUGCUGGCAGAACAAAAGCACUAUUGCGACCUACACAGCUCAGCUCCAGAAUGCUUUAAACCGUCAUGGAGGACCAAGAAAUAACAUGGCUAAUGCCAUCAACGACAUCGUUGACGACGAUGGUGCUAUUCGUGAUGCGCUUGGAGAAUAUCUUUCCCCGGCAGGCAUUGCGCCCUCCAGUCCGGCUGCUCCUGUUCCUUCCGCCGACUUCAUCGGUAACGGCUCGAUGUCAAUCCGGCACCUUGACGGCGAUUGGAUCGUCAACAACUGUACUAUCAACAGGCGCACCGAGAAUUCCGGGAACAUCACGAACAUCCGGGUGGCAAAUUCGAACAAUACCUGGUCGCGUCCUGGAGAUAGACAGAGGAGAUACCGUGCGCAAGGUGGAGGGGGAGGAAGUCGCGCAUAA